ACCAUAGUUCGUGAAUCGACUCGAGUGGUAGUGUGGUGUGGUUCGUCGUCUUCACCUGAGUUGUGAUAUUACAGGUAUCAUAUCAUAAGUGCUUCGAAAUUAAAACAUCGUGAUACCGAUAACAAUACCGAAUUUUUUACGUGACGGUUUUAAUACGCGUUGACUCGAUUUGUGCUUACAGAAAGCUCUCUCGUUGGCUGAAUUUGAUAAAUUUUAACGGUUUAUUAUUAUUUUGUGCGUGGUGUGUUUAUUCUUAUUCGCUUCGUGAUCAUAUUUUAAUACUUGGUUAAUUUUUUUUUUUCAACUUUAGAACCCAGUCGCAGUCGACGUGAAUUUUUCGGAGUUUGCAUUGUACCAGUGUCGAGGUAUCCACGCGUGCGUCCAGUUGUGUAAUGAGUCCUGUAACGUUAAAAAAGUGCGGUUUCGGUAAAUUUACACCAACGUAAAAAAAAAAAAAUACGUAAACGUAUCUCUACUCUUGACGUUGACUGUGUUGAAAUUUAAGAAGUUGUUUUCGGAAACUAAGUAUGGCCUGGCGAUGGCGGUGUCUAAGCGGUUCGCGCAAUAAUGUAAAAACUGGGUUAUUAAAGUUCUAAUCGUUUCAAGUACCUACCUUCGAUGGUGCUGAUAAAAAGUUUUUUGAUGCGGUUUCCUCGCUUUGUUUACGUUAAUGUAAUAAUUACGUGUCGUGCGAUAUCGUCUCGAGGCUCGAGCCGCGGUCGGAUUUUUACGCGAUAGUGAUGCAAAAAAAGAAAAAAAAUGAAAUCAGUUUAAGUAUCCAGGUGUAGGAAUGGCGUACACCAUAUGGAGGAUUUUUAUGAAGAAAUAUGCCAAAGUGAAAUACGGAUUGGGUACUCCAAGAGCGUUACCGGUGCCUGAAAAAGAAUCAUCCUUUAUUAAAGAAGAAACUGUAACCGAUUCUUGGGAACCAGCCUCCGAUUUUAUCAACGAUGGCGAUGAAAAACCGGAUCACUUCAGUCGCGAAAAAUACCUCAGCAAAAGCAAAAAAGUAAAAAAUUAUUUGAAAAAAUGCAAAAGUACUGCCAAUAAUUACAUACAAAGAAGUGACAGUACUUCGGAUAAAGUUCGCAAAGCUGUCGAAGAACGUGUACCUCAUACGUCGUGGUACGUUACAGAUGAAUUUUACUCCGAAGAAGAAGCUGAAAACCAUGUAACCAUGGUUCGGCUUACAGACGCCGCCAAAAAUACCAUACAGGUAGAAGAAUGUGAUAAAAUAGCCUCAGUACAUUCGGCUAAUGUUGAAAACAAUUGCAAUUCAGCGGUAUCGCCCGAAAUGCAAAACGACGAGCGGAAUAAUAAUGUGAUAUGUGGGAAUGAUGAAAAUUUCGUCGAAAAUGAUCCAGCAGAUUUCAAUAUCUGUAUGGGAAAAUAUUCUAGUCAGAAUUCCAAUGAUUUUCAGUUGCAUUCAAAUUUAUCAGAUUUAGUGGAUGUAUAUAUUGGACCAUAUUAUAAGAAUUACUCGGAAACUCGUAAAGCUUUAAUUCGUCAAGCCAGAGAUCAAUUUAUAUGCGUUUAUCACAGUAACCUGACAAGAUUUCAGCAUGAAUUUUGUGUUCCGGUAUCAUUACUGCUUCAGGACAUCUAUAAAAGAGCCAAAAUUCACGUUGGAAGCAUCGUCGCGUCCAGAGGUUGGCCGCUCUCAGUCGGGCAGCAUGGCAUCGCGUUACAUCUCACCGAAAUCGAACGGUCUUGUUUGAAAAACGGCGACUGUUACUUGUUGGCCCGAGUUGACCGCGCUAAGAAUAAGGCCGAUUUGAUUCUAAAUUGGAAAAUUUUCGGCGGCCAUUUCAGCAAAGUGAUCGGUCGUCGAUUCGACAGCCCGCUGGAGAUAAUGUCCGGCGAAGAAAAUGCGGAUAGUUUCGAACUAUCCGCAUUGCUGCAAAGUCUGAUCGUGACCGUUGAUCGUGCCAUAGACCGUGUACCGCUGGAAAGUUUGAGCUUUCCGUGUCCUCAUUGCAUCGGCGUUACGGACGAGGAGUUCUCGAAAUGUCGCUGUCCGACGAGCGUGCAUCAGCCGGUGGAGAAAAAGGACAGCGGCAUACAGACUAGUCCUAUAUUCGAGAUAGAUCACGGAUUUCCACAUAUCGACAGCGAUGAAGAUUACGAUUGCGAUAGCAGCGGAGCUAUCGAUUAUUCUAAAUGUCUUCCGAACGAGGGUGAAUCGCCGAAUCAAAAUAACGAUUGGACUGUUAUUCGACCAUCGUGCAUUAAUGACUUGCCAGAAAAGAUACUAAUGGCUGGAAUUACGUUUCCAGGCAUUUUUGAUAAAUUAGAUAGAUCGGUGAUCAUUUACGACGCAGAUACGGUUAUGAAAUCGGAACUCAAUGAACGAGAUAUAGCGUCUGUAAUUUCCUAUUAUUCAAGCAUCAUCACAAAAAUUGAAAAACAAUAUAGAGGAAUUUCUGUACUAGUUGUAUCGCCAAGCAGCACUCUAGAAAUUGAUCUCCUAGAUAAAUCACUCAGCUUAAUAACGAAUUCUGUGAAAGUAGAAUGCGUUUUUAUCACUUGGAAAAAAAAUGACCAUCAUCGAGUGAGACAUUUUCGAUCAGCAUCUUCUCAUUGUAGUCGAUCAAAUGUUUUAAAUAUAUCAAAAGUUAAGUGCCGAGUAUUGACUGAAAGUGAUAGUUUAGAAGAAUACGUAGAACGCAGUCACAUACCAGUCGACUACGGUGGUCAAAGUUCACAUGAUCAGUUAGAAUGGGUUCAAUUUUACAAGGAAGUGGAGCCUUUUCUAUUAAGAUGUCACGCAUGUGGACGUCGUUUAGUAAACGUGAUGUCCGAACUGAAAUCAGCCGAAGGUGUUAUGUUAAAUAAGAAACAACUUCAGCAACAGCAAAAAUUAAUAUAUCGCGUAUUAAAUGAUCCGGAUAUGCAACGACUUCGUAAAGACGGAUCGACCAUUUUAGCUCAAAUCGAAGAACGUGCUCAGUGGCUACCAAAUAGUUACGAUGUUAGUAUAUCGGUGAAACGAAGUGAUAGAUUAUUUACCGAAGUCGAACGAUCCGCUAAACGUCUAGAACAAUUGGCAAAUAGACGGAAAGAAAGUAUCAAAGAAUUAACUCGCAUUAAAGCUUUAGAAGAUGAAACUCAUCAGGUCAUCUCUUGGCUAACGCAGAGUGGCGAAGAUGAGCUGAAACAGCAUUCAGAUUUAGCGAAUAAUUUACCAGAAAUCAAACAACAAGAGCAGAAUUUCGAAAAAUUUUACUUCAUUUCAAUGAGAAAUUUGGAUAAAGCCGGCGAUUUGUUAGAAGAAGCGGGCCAGUGUAGUGGCGGUACCAGUUUGAAAGAUUUGGCAAGAUCUCUGAAAACGCACCUUCGCGGUUUUAGCGAUAGACUAGAAGAUACCAGAGAACGAUUAGAAGAUACAUCGAGAUGCUUUUAUCUACUGGACAGGGCGUACGAAUGGGCCUUAGAAGCAAUGAAAUACAUGUCGCGUGUGAAACCCGAAGAUGUACAGCAUCCGGGCCAAAGUAUCAAACAACUACGACAGUACCUGAUGGCUCAUCCUCCGCCCGCAACUGAGCAUUUUACAGAAAUGGUUCAGCUUGCUCAUAAAUUACGCAACGAUAAAUUAUUAGAACAAUGCAAAGUAGCUCAGUGCAGAUGCGAAGAAACUUUGGAAAACAUACGUUCGCUGAUCGGAUCCGAAGUACCAAAUUGGGUAGCAAGUACUCCGAUUUCAGGCCGACGUCAUUCCUUACCAACGCAUCAACACACUGCAUCGAACGGUACCUCAUGUUCCUGUUGGGAACCUGUAGAGUCACCUCCGCCAUUAGAACAUAUACCAGAAGAAUACUACUGUAGAGGAUCAACGCCUUUGCAGAGAUCUUGCACGUGGCAGUACUCGGCCGAAAAUUACGACUACGACGAUAAGAUGAGCUCGUCGGCCGAUAAUACCACAGAAGGCAGCGAAGCUGGCACUAAAAGCAGUAGCGAAGAUGUCGAAGAAUCGCAUGAUGGUAAUUGUGGUAAACCAAUUCCACCAGUUCCUGUUAAUAGUCACCUUCAUAGGAAUGAUUCUUUGCAUUUGAAUAUGAACUGCGGACCGCAAACGCUUAAAAAACAAAAGACUGCUAAAUUAAUUAUGAGAGAAAUGAUUCAGACUGAAAGAGAUUAUGUUAAAGCUUUAGAGUAUGUUAUUGAAAAUUACAUUCCAGAAUUAAUACGAGAUGAUAUACCUCAAGCAUUAAGAGGACAAAGAAACGUCAUUUUUGGAAAUAUCGAAAAAAUUUACGAAUUCCAUAAUCAAAAUUUCCUACAGGAGUUAGAAAGAUGUGAACAUUCUCCUUUUUCAGUCGGUCAAUGUUUUCUUCAACAUGAAAAAAAGUUUUAUUUGUACGCGUUAUAUAAUAAAAAUAAACCUAAGUCAGAUUCGCUCAUGUCCGAGUAUGGGUCUUCAUUUUUCAAAGCAAAACAAAUAGCUUUAGAAGACAAAAUGGACUUGGCGAGUUAUCUAUUAAAACCAGUACAACGUAUGGGUAAAUACGCGUUGCUAUUGCAACAAUUAAUGAAAGUUGCAAAAUCAGAUAUAACGGAGUUGCAAGAAGCUGAAGCAAUGGUUCGAUUUCAGCUUAGACAUGGCAAUGAUUUACUAGCUAUGGAUUCGCUUCGAGAAUGCGAUGUUAAUUUGAAAGAACAAGGCAGGUUACUCCGUCAAAAUGAAUUCCUAGUUUGGCAAGGUAAAGGCAAGAAAUGCCUAAGGCAUGUUUUCCUUUUCGAAGAAUUGAUACUAUUCAGUAAAGCUAGAAGGUUUCCAGAUAGAAAGAACCUCGACAUUUACAUUUAUAAAAAUAGUAUCAAAACGAGUGAUAUUGGGUUGACUGCCAAAGUGGGAGAUAGCAGCACGAAAUUCGAGAUUUGGUAUCGAAAACGUAAACCUUGCGAUACUUUUACUUUGCAGUCGAUGUCUGAAGAUAUUAAACAAUCAUGGACCGAAGAAUUAUCAAACCUUUUGUGGAAGCAAGCCCUCAGAAAUCGAGAGAUGAGAAUGGCUGAAAUGUCUUCAAUGGGUAUUGGUAAUAAACCAUGUUUAGACAUUCGACCAAGCGCUGAUCAAAUAAGCGAUCGUUCGAUCAGUAUUGCACAAUUAUGUAAAAAACAUUUGUCAUUAGCUCCUAGAUUCCGCAACUCUAUCGCCAUAUCAGCCACGGAUAGCAUUCGGAAACGACCGCAUUCGGUGAUCAGCGUAAGCAGUAACAGCAGCGGAGGUAGUAAUAGUAGUUCAAGCAGUAGUAAUGGUGACAAUAGACAAACCAGUCAAUGCUCAUCGGCUGAAAGCGGUAUCGUGCCAGAUUGGAAUUCCAAUACUCUGAGUACGAACAGUUCAGUUGUGUCGGAGAUUAACUCGCCUUCGCAUCAAAUGUCCGUUAAAUUGUGAACAAUGACGGAAAGUGAAUUGUCGAUUACUGUUCUUAACUACCUAGCUACUUGAAAGUUCACUUUUUGUCGUCUGACUUAAACUUACCAUUGUGUGUGUGUGUUUUUCUCACUUUGUAAAGUCUGAAUAUGCGAACGAUCGCAUUAAAUUUCUCGUUCGUGUUUUACCGUUAUUUUGUACUUCCUUUUUUUCUUUUUUCUUUUUUUUUUUACAUUUAACCAGAUACUAUAAUUUAAGAUCAUGUUCAUUUUUAGAAAAAAAAUCGUCAGUUUAUUAAUUUGCGUGUACAGUGUACUUUUUUUUAGACUUUUUUUUAUCUUGUUAAUUUAUAUUUUGUAUCGAUUAUUUAUUUUUGACGUAUUUUGGCCAUAUUAAAAAUCUUUUUUUUUUGUCCGCUAGAUGAAAAUAUUCAGUUUUAAUCUUAGAUGUGUUUUUUAAGCAACAAGAAAUGUACUUAAUUUUGUACAUGUCUUUGUUUUGUGGUUUUCAUGUUCAUUUUUACUGUUUCAAUAAUGUAACUUUUCCUUUUUCAUUUAAAAAUUAUGAUUUUUUUUCAUCAGCUCUGUUCAUUUUGAAGUACUUAUGUAGUUUGAUAUGUAUGUAUACUUUCUUAUUUCAGAAUACUUACUUAAUCAAAAUUUUAUAGCAAUGUUGUUGAUUAAAUUUGAAUAAUUAGUAUGUUAUUGCAUGAUGAUAUGUUCUUGUGAAUACAUCAAUUGAAAUAUAUGUACUAUUUG